AUGGCAGCGGUCAAAAACCUUCCCCAGUACCCCUUCGAAACCAUGUCCCUCUCCUUUUUCACGGACUUGUCCGGCAGUACCUUGGCUUGGAGACGGUCGCUUAAGCCACUUACAACGCUACUUCAGCAACGAAACAUAACAUACCGAUGGCGCCUCAACCGUUCCCUGCUGGUGACACAUAACGGGAACACCCAUGAGUUUCACAACCUCCAGGGAGCGGAGGACUUGCUACCCAUACUAGGACUACCUUUAGACGCCAUAUGUCCCACGACAACCUCCAAACCACAGCACCGGUGGAACCCGGAAAGGGUGAAAACUUUCGUUCCGCGAAGGUCCGGACUCGGCUCCCCGGCUGACAAGCCGCAACAAACUAAUGGCCGGGACUGUUUGAACUAA